UAGCCCGAGUGUUGCGUGAGAGCACGGGUAGGGACAAGGAGGGGGAGGGGGAGGAGGAGAGACGAUACCGAUGGACAGGCUGGUGGCAGCGAGAAGAUCCGAAGGAAGACAAGAGGGCGGCGAAGAGAAAGCAGCUGAUGCUGCCGUACAAGAGCCUCACAAGGGCGCGAGACCGGCGAGACGGGAUGAGGACGGCGAGCAAGAGCCACGGAGAAGCAACAGAGAAGAGCAAGACCGGGAGCAGCUUCGCUCUGCCCUUGGCUUCCUCUCCGAGAAUGAUGGAUCGAAUCGAUCUGAGGACAAUCAGGAUGCAUUCUCGCAUGCUCUACGAUGAGGUCGUGACGACGAGUGACCUCUGGAGUUUCAAGAGGAAGGAGUCUCUCCACGCCUCGAGUGCCGUCAACGGAGGGUCUUCCCUUCCCCCCUUGCAGCGAGUCAAGAACGAGCGCGUGCUCGACCUCGCCUCUCGUCCCUUCUAUUGGGCGCAUCCUCCCCCCCCGGCCUCUCAGCUGGUCGUCGCUCCUUACGGCCUCAAGCCUUCGCUCGUCUAUCAGCAGCUCUAGACCAGGAGGAGGCUUGUCGCUUUAUUCCACUACGACCUGCUGCCUCCCCCUCUGCUGCUCUUCUAGAUUACACUGCCAUCAUCUUGUC